GUCGUUUCGCUCAAAGUCGAUAUCGUUUCGCUCCCUUGGACUUCUUGUUGGGGAUUGAAAUAGUACCCCAAGAAAGUACAAGUGUGCCUUCAAGGGCUGUCAAAUCUACAAAGAAGGAAUUUCUUUGGUCAUUUGAAGCCUCAAUUGUGUGAAUUGAAGUGAAACCAAAAUGGCUGCAGCUAGAUUUUCUUAUCGUGGGACGACAUCCAGAGCCAUACCAUCAUCGGGCUCAGAGGCGAGCUCGAGUGAAGAAGAAGCUGGAACAUGGAAGCGAAAGCGUAUCCGUCAAAGUGGCGUUGAGGAAAUGGAGGGAAGCGAAGUCUUCCACAACCCAAAUCUGUCGUCAGGUCAUUCGGGGAGACAGUCCUUCAAACGCAACAAUGUGUGGGGUGAUGUUGUUAGCGAACAAACAGUAAACCAGGACCUGUCUUCAUUCGGUGUCGGUGCUGAAGCAGACGUUGCUCACACCGUGUCACGUGAUGUUGAGAGUUAUAAAGUCAGCAAAGACAUGUUGGAAUUGGUCAACAAGGACAUUGAGGAGGGUAGUGAUAGAAAUAUGGAGGAGGACGGUAAUGCAAAUGCUGCAGAGGACUCUGAUAAGGACGAUAUAUUCGAAACGAAAAUCUUUGGUAAGAAGUGUGUAAAAGAUAGACUUGGUUGUUCUAGUUCGUCGCGGCAGUACCGAGAUAUGGAUAACAUUGACAGUGAUGACGAUGCUGAUUCAAAGGCUAAAAAUAGACGCGGUUGGAGGAAAAGGGAACGUACUCAAGAAAAGAAUGAGGACUUUAAUAGUUUGCUUCAGCGAUACCAGAAAGAGAGGGAGGAAAUCAAGGUCGGAGAAAAAAGAAAGCGGGAACGAGCGAAGAGAUUUGCGACAAAGAAGGCAGACGAGGAACAAGUAGAAGAGAUGGAGGAAACCCCGGCAGUUACUACAGCAACCGCUGGUGAUGAACCUGAAGUUGUCCUGAAACAUGUUAUGAAAGGUCUUGAGGAGGAUAACAUGAAGUUAUUCACUCAGAUUCUCGAUGUUGUCGGUAAUAAGAAGAUGUUAGAUGUCUAUGCUAAGACUUUGGAUGUAGAGGACGUUGGAGGAAUGAUGACAUUGGAUGGUCGCCGGAGACGAACCGCUGGUGGUGUUUUUAUUCAGUUACUGAAAUCGGACAAGGAUGUUACAAAGGAACAACUGGAUUCAAUAUUUUCAGAGUCUCAAGAGCAAUGGAAGAGAAAGAAACUCAAGGCAAGAAAAAUGAAAAGAAAAAGACAAGCAGUGGAGGCCCACUGGGAGGUCAAGAAAAGUAUGCUAGCUCCGGGAAUGGAGGAUGUCUAUCGUAAACUACUGGACGACCAAUUAACGUCUCUCAAAGAUGAACCACAGAAGUCACAACAGGAAAAUAAUCCAGCAGACAGAGUAAAAAUGGAAGCGGACGCAAAGGAGGAGUUUGAGGAGACAAUGGAGUCAGUUGAGGCGGGUGUGGCUGCUGUUGUUACCCCUCCACCAAGUCCUGAGGAGGGAAGUGAGGAAGGUGAAAUCUUGGAUUGAAUCCAAAAGGGAAAGCCAAAAUACCAUCUGCCAACCAUCACCGCGCCUAACCCCCCCCCCUUUAAUUAAUUUCGGGAUUCGCCACUGUGACAGAUUGGCAGAGAGAGACAUUCAUUUGUUCAAUACCCUUGUUUACGAAUGAUUGCAAUCAAAGUUUUGUCAUGUAUUAACUUGACCAAAUCAUGUCUUUAUAAUUUGAUCAAAAAAAUUAUUUCAUUAAGU